AUGAACUUUGCUGUCAACCUCUCUGAAUACUUUCUGAUGAUGGAAGACUAUGUUUACUGCACUUCCAAAUUUGUUUCUACCAUCUAUUGGGCAUUAUCAGCCUGGAAAGAACUACCUUGGGCGAUCCUGGAGUUCUCCAGCCUAAGCCUCUCUGGGAAAGUUUUCCACACCAGUGACCUCUCCCGCCUGGCCUCUCUCUUUCUCCUUUUCCAUAAGGAUAUUCCCAUUUACUUGUUUCUCUCUGAAUUCCGCCUUCUCUUGGCCCAGAGUGUUCCAAUUCGUUUCAGUCCCUCAGUCUUCUUCCACAUAGGCAAGCAUCCUGCGUUUGAAGACACAUGCUUUCCUGUGGAGAAGGAGAAGGUGUUUGGUGAACCAGACAACCCCGUUGCCAGCGUCCUCACUGACAUGAUGGCAGAAAUGAAUGGUAUUCCACAAUACGCUUAUACUCUGAACGAAGAGUGCUACUCUACUCUCAAUCCUGUAAGAGGCAACUACCUGACAGUGAUUUUGGAGAAGCCACAAAAAGUCAUCCGGAUAGAGGUCCUGACAGGUUCUGACAAAAAAGGGCUGUAUUGGCUACGGCAGGGGCAAGUGGAGCUGGGCUAUGAUCCCUUGGAGAAUUCCAGAGGCUGCACCCGCUAUACCCUUCUAGGUCCACUGGUGGAAGGAAAUUUAGACCAGAGGGUAUUUCAUGAAGAAGAUUCUGUGGAGGAGUUGAGUUGUAUACGACUGCUUGUGCUAGCCUCUCAAGAGUCUUGGCUCCUGAUCAGGCAGAUCAAAGUCUGGACUCAGCAUGAGGAAGAGGAGAGUUAUGACAGUGGGAAUUCUGGAAAGGUGGGGUUUGGGAAUGGAAUCAACAUGGCCGACCAGAAAUAA